CCACUGUAGGCCACCAGUAAUACACGCUAUGCUAUUGACAUUUUUCAUAUGUUAAGUUAACCUACAAAUAUAACAAUUUUAAAAUAUCUCAAAAACCGUAUUAGAAAUGCCAGAAAACGAAAAUUUAACCGACGUUAUUAAACUAAUAAGUGAUAUUCGUCAUGGGAAGGUGUUCAACUCGUACGAAAUAGCCCUCAGAACUGAGCAACUUUUAGAAAAACUCAUCUCUGAGGGGCAGUGGAACAAUGCACGAGAGUUGAUGCAACAAAUCAAAGACAAAAUCAGACAAGUCUCGCAGUCUCUCCCUCUUGAAGCCACCGCCACUAACAUAAUGCGCCACAUUUUGAAAGUAAUCCGUGAAGAGUUUGAUUUGGGCUCAGAGAAAAAAGCCGAGGGACAAUCACUACACCAGAUUGUAACAGGUGAUCAAAGUGACGAACUUGACUAUUCGGAGUCACACGGAAACUUGCGAAAUCGACUUUUGGACCAUUUGACCGAAUAUAAGGUCGAGUUGGAGACAAGCACGGAGAAUAUCGCGGCACAAGCCUUGGAACAUAUUCACACAAAUGAGAUUAUUUUAACGGUUGGGAUUUCAAAUACUGUGGAAAAAUUCUUAAAACAUGCGGCCAAACAGCGGAAAUUUCAAGUGAUUGUCGUCGAGGCUGCGCCUUUAUACAGGGGUCAUAAAAUGGCAGCAAGUCUUGCCAACAGCAACAUCCAAACGACUGUAAUUCCUGAUUCUGGAGUUUUUGCAAUGAUGUCACGUGUCAAUAAAGUUAUAAUUGGCACUCACAGUGUUAUGGCCGAUGGAGGUCUCCGUGCCGCAAGUGGAGUUCAUGCUAUUGCUCUGGCGGCUAAACACUACUCAGUUCCUGUUAUGGUUCUCUCUCACAUGUAUAAAUUGACUCCGACCUAUGUCUGCUCACAUGAAAAAGACACCUUUAAUAUGUGUGCAUCGCCUGCUAAUGUUAUUCCCUAUUCAACUGGACCGCUUUUGAAUAAGAUUACUGUUUAUAAUCCGAUUUUUGACUACGUUCCACCAGAAUUGGUGACGCUUUUUAUAUCACAUCAGGGUGGCAACGCACCAUCUUACGUCUACCGUCUCCUCUCCGAAUUGUACCACCCUGACGACUACGAACUUUGAAACCAAUUAAAUAAAACCAUAAAUUUUAUCAAAA